CGAAGCUCACACCGACCUCCGAGAGGACACGGAGGACGUCUACAUGGUAACUGAAGAGGUCUCCAGAGACAGAGUGAGACUGUGAGGAGGUCUUUGUAGAAGCUGAGGACGUCUUUGUGUGGGUUGGAUGUUUGGAGCUCUGGAGACAUGAGUCAGAAGAGCAGCAGCUCCUGAGAGGACGGACAGACAUGGACAAGCAGAAAGUGCUGGCCCAGCUGAUCUGGGACCUGUCGUCCUUCCUCUCGGCGCUGGACGCAGAGAGCCUGAGUGAGGCGGCGCGCGCCAACAAGGAGGACAUCUCAGGACUGCUGUCCUCCCUGCAGACGGACAGGCCUGCUGUGGACAGUCCUUCCACGAUGGAAGACGCCGAGUACAUGAUCAUGAGCUGCCCAUCGUCGUCUCCUAGCAACCAGCCAGCAGGCCCACCUGGGACAGAAGCUGUUUCGUCCUCUGAGCUGCUCCCGGAUCAGAUCUCACCUGCGUGGCCGAGAGACGCGGACCUCGUGGUCCCGCCUCUUCCUCCAGGAGGUCCAGGAGGUGAUGAUGAAGACGAUGAUGACGAAGAUGCCUACGAGGAGGCCGAACCUUACAGAACAAACAGCACGUGCAUCACCGAGAAGGCGGAGUCAGAGAGUAGUCACUACGAGUCCUACGGGGAGGAAGAUGAAGAUGAGCCUGUGACGGACAGGGCUCACUACAUCCAAUGGAGCGCCUCCCAGCCCUGCCUAAGACCCGCCCCCGAGUCCCGUCUCUGUGGUUACCUGUGGAGGAGGAAGUGGCUCGGCCAGUGGAGCAAACAGCUGUUCCUCAUCAGGAGGGAGGAGCUGCUGGGCUACAAGUGUCCUCAGGACCUUCUCCCCCAGCUGGAGGUGGACCUGCGCGGCUGUCGCCUCGUCUCCAAGCCGCGGCGCAGCAGGAGGAUCCAGCACCAGAUCCAACUGGUUCCACUGGGCUCAGAGAGGCUGGUUCUGGGCUUCAGCAGCUUCCAGCAGGCCGAGGAGUGGAGGAAGGUGAUCGAGGAGGUGAGGAUUGGAGGCGAGAUGGAGACGUCUCUGACCCGAUCGGACCUGCUGUCCUCCUGCAGGUCCAGUUGGGUCCACGUGGACUCAGAGGAGAAGAAACCUUUCAGCAGGAUCAACAAACACAAAGGUGUCCUCAGCGUGCUGAUGAACUGUCAGUGGCAGAGUCUGCUGUGUCGGGUGGAGGCGGGUCUUCUCAACAUGUUCGGCGAGGAGGAGGAGGAGGAGGAGGAGGAGGAGAGAGCGCCUCAGUACACGGUCCAGCUGAGAGGAUGUGAUGUCACAGACGGACCCGACACGGCGCGCUCCCCCCGCAUCACACUGAGCAUGCUCGGUGACCAGCUGGCCGUGCUGGAGUUCAGCAGUUCAGGGGAGAAGCAGCGGUGGUUGAAGCUGCUGCAGGACGGAGCCUCCGUCACCCAGGAGACCACAGGUGGAGCUCUCAGUGGGCUCCAGACUAGAAGGUUCCCCACCUCCAACCCCUACAUGGUGGACCCCUUCUCUCUGAGUGGACCGGUCCCGGAGCAGCCCAUCUACUGCAACACCUCCGUCCUGGAGCACAUGGCUCCAGUCGGCUGCGUCUGGUCCGGAGCCUCCACGAGCAACAGGAACAACAACAGCAACAGGAAGGGGGCGGAGGUGGAGCGCGGCGUUCAGAAGCUGGAGCUGACGGGGGCCAGGACGGUGCCGCUGAGGGCGGAGUCAGAGAGCAACCUGGCGUGUGCGGGGCUCAAAAACAAGCGCACCUCUUUCAGACAGUCGCUGGCCAUCUGCAGUGAGCGCGCCCAGGCGGGUUUCCUGAACCCUCUGCUGCGUCGCACGGCCUCGGCUAAGAUCUCCCUGAGACGCACUCCUUCAUCUCUGUUCAUCGAGCAUGGGAAGGUCUUCCAGAGGAGGAAGGAAUGGGAAACCAAAGCUGCUCCUUAAAUCAUCAUCAUCAUCAUUACCACCACCAUCAUCAUCAUCAUCACCACCA